AUGACGGCGGCGGCGACGGCGUACAAGCUGGACAUGGACCCGAACAUGACGGAUCGGUUACAGCAGCAGCAGCACCAACAACACAUCGUGGUAUUAGACGAAGGAGCCCCAAGCACCUAUUCCCGAGUGUCGCCUCCCAAAGCGGUCAUAGACAGCAGUCCACUGCAGAGCGCCAUGGACAAAAACAAAGAAUCACUGAAAGUGAAGCUGCUCGUGAGGCGAUCCUUCGAUCAGCUCGUGCAGCAAGGAAUUAUGCCUCCCCUGAAAACAUCGCCGGCGAUCUACGAGCAGCGACGGCAGCUGGAGCGGGCCAAAACCGGCGAUUUGCUCAAAGCGAAAAUCAAAAAGCGGCCGGAUCGGGUGGAGCUCGAGCAGCGGCACAUUCUCGAGCACUGCGACAGCCACAUCGAUCCAAGUUUGGCGGAAAAACGACGGAUGCUCGAGAAGGCCCUGCUGGUCGAUCAUCUCAAUUCGAAGAUAUCGCACCGCCCGGGGCCACUGGAUUUGAUCGGUAAAAACAUUCUUCACGCCGACGAACCGAUCGAGCGGAUAGUAAAGGAAGGCCUGGUGGACUACACGUCAACGUUGGACGACGCCUCGGUGGCCACCCCGACCACGGUCGGUGAGGGGGAAGAUUCGCUCAGCUCGGAAGGCGAAUCGCUGCAGGGUGUGGCCGUCGCCCUGGUAGCCGGCCAACACGACCAGCAGGUUGCGCUCUUACCCCAUACCGCCACAAUCCAGCUGCCGGCAGUCGUGGCAACGUCGCCCCCAACGCAGAUUUUAACCGUUCCAGCGGAUCACUUUAUUAAUCUCGAACCGGCGAUCCCGAUCGUGGGAAACGAUGGUACGCUGCUUGCUACGAUCGCUACGCAGCUCGUCACACCGACCACGACAUCGCUGGCAACCGUGGCCACGGUGGCGGCUGUUCCUUUGGCGCCGAAGGAGAAGAGCAGAGCCCCUGCCAUCGCGUUGCGCUCGAUACUGCCAAAUGCCAAGCCUGCCGGUGAAGUGAACCCUACCCCACUCACCCUCUCCAUGACCAUACCGUCCAUUGCAGCCGAUUUGAAGCACCACCUCAGUAGUAGUAGCAAUAGUGUCAGCAGUAGCACCACCGGCGGUUGCUCGGCCGGACCGGGGACCGGCAUCGGCGGCGGUAAAGAUAAGUCGUCGAAGAAAAAAUGCAAGUCCAAGACCAUUACCAAGGCGCGGUCAAUCAAAUUCCACGAGUACAAGGGACCGUCCGGUUCCCACAAAAGCUCCUCCGGUAGUGGCGGCGGCGGUAGCUUGUCGAGCGACAACAACUAUCAGCUCAUCAUGAAGCAGCAGCACCUGCUGGAGUACCUCGAGGAAAUGUGCAAGAAACCGACCGGCAUACCGUCACCGUCGUCGUCUUCGUCGAACCGCGACCAAAUCGCUACUGAUGGCGACACGGACACAGCGGGAACCGGACCCGAUUUAACACCGAUCGAUUCUCCGCUCGGUUCACAAAGUGGAGCAGCGACGCCAGCGCGGAGCAAAACGAGCACCGGUGGCAAUACUGGCGCCACGAGUGGCACGGAUCUGUCUACGGACGCACUGAACAAGUAUAAGGUGUCGCAGUUGAAGAAGUACUGCAAGCAGUACAAUCUACCCGUGUCGGGCACGAAAUCCAAUCUGAUCGAACGGUUGCGAGCGUUUGUGAAAUCGGCCGAUGUUCCGGGCGGUUCGUUCCAUAUUGUUUCCACCACACCGGUGGCGGAUACCGGUGGCGAGAAUCUGGAGUUGGAGGACAACCUGUUGGCCGAGCAACAGAAGCGCAUCGCCGAGCUACAGCUACAGCUGAAGCGUAGCCAGGAAGAGCUGGAGCAGUUCCGUUCGAUGUGCACCAAUCAGUUUGCGGGCCCGGGUGCGCUGGACGCAGGGCCGACGGUUCCCAUUCCGCCCCCGCCGCCUCCACCACCACCACAGUGCCCGAUAGGGUCGCCGUCGGUCUCGAACCGUCAUCAUCUUGGCGACGUGCUAGUCGCUCCGUCGCCUUUCUCUAUCGCUGCCGACUCCCCGAUCGGUGGGGACGGUGGUGGUAAUAUGGCCGAUUCCACUGGAACCGGUGACCUUGGUGGUCCGGUAGUUUCGACCGUGCUCGAGGCGGGCUUCUUCCUCGGCGGUCUCUCAACGGCCGAUUCCACGACGGUGGAUUACGGGCACGAGAUGGAAGACAUCAUGCAUGCCGAGCUGACGACCACCACAGCUGCACCGACGGUCACGUCGGUAACGCACUCAGUGGAGCGCAGUCCAACGCACCAUGCGAUGCUCGAUAAGGUGCUGGGACAGGUGCAGCCAACCAUAUCGGGCCUAACGAUGCCGGAUCCGGUGGUGGAGGACCGCGGACUUGUGGCACCGCAAGUUGGUGGUGUGGUCAGCGUUGUGCCACCGAUUGGCGAUAUGCACGAUCUGUCGCUCAGCAUGAAAUCGGUCAAGUUUGAAGCGCCACCGGAUACGGGUGAUGACUCGAUGCAGCAGGACUCGAUAAUGCUGAAUGAUUUCGGCGACAUCGAUCUGGUGGACUUUCAAAUGCACUCCCUUGACAGUGACGGACCGUUUCCGAUGAUAACGAAUCACGACCCGAUGUCGGUCACUAGCACUCACCAGCAGCACGCAUCGCCGUCGUCAACGGCAACGCACGGCACACUGAGUCUGUUUGGCGUGCAGAAUGAUCCGAGUGGCAUAAAGUUACUGUCAAACAGCUUCCACGAUCAUCUGCACUCUAGCGGUGGGCCAGGAGAGGUCGACGUGUUGCAACCGCAAACGUACAUCAACAACAAUGACAUCCUCAGUAUUGACGAUGAUAGCGAUGCGUUGGGAUUGCUGGAACAAGACGAUCGGCAGAUCGGCCUCACGGCAUCCAGCUCUAUGAAAUUAUUUCAGCAGCACCCUCAUCUUCAUCAUCAGCAUCAGCAUCAGCAUCAUCAUCAACGAGAACAACAACUUCAUCAGCAACAAAGUGACAGUAACAAUAACAGAAACAACAAUUUCGGAGCCAACAGCUCUAUAGGAUCGUUCCGGUUUGCACUGCAGCAGCAGCAGCAACCGAUUGCAAGCAGUAGUAGUAGCAGCGCAAGUAGCAGCCCGGGCAACUGCUUCAAAAGCACCGCAGUUCCCGGUCAGCAGCUCACAGCCAACAACACAAACCUUAGCAAACCUCAGACCACGCUCAUCCUCACACCGACCAACCACGACCACCAACAUCAACACCAACAGCAGCAACUCCACCCCAAUCAUCACCCGCAUCAGCAGCUACUCCAGCAGCAGCAAGCCCACGAUCAGUUGGGCCAAACCAGUGCCGCCAGUGGCAGUAGCAACGGCACACUAAUGGGCGAAGACAUUGAAUCGUUUCAGGACAAUGCUAUGGAUUUUGAGAGUUUACUCACGAAUGAUGAAACCGAGGCCGAUGGCGUGCUAACCGCCAACACCUGCCACCGGAUGAUGCUGGACUGUGCGCAGGAUAAGCCCAUGUUUAGCUUCUUGCCGGAAACCAGUAUAUUAGACUACUUUAACGAAGAUUGUAACGGGCACGAUUACGAAAUAAAGCAUCUGGAGUACUAAACGCGAGCACCCUAACCGAUGCAAGGCCCCCAAACGCACCCGCGCACGCUGAAAGCGACCAGGAAAAGAUAGAAACAGAGAGAGAGAAAGCCAACAGACAUCGCGGGAAAUAUAAACAUGUGGACCUCCGGGAA